AUGGCUUCUCUCAAGAGAAAACGUACUGCGUUGGAUAUUGACAAAAAAUCUCAAAUAAUCAAAUAUGCUGAGUCUCAUCCAACGGCUACGCAACAAAGUAUUUCCAAUCAUUUUUCCACCAUAUGGGAUAUUACCGUGAAACGACGAACUGUCGGUGAUAUUUUGAACGAUAAAGCCAAAAUAUUGAAUUCUGAAAGUGAUUUAGGAUCGCCAGCUCGUAAGCGUCAUCGUUCUGCUCAUCAUGUUGAUUUGGAAUCGGCACUGUAUGUGUGGUUUGCUAACGCCCGAGCACAAAACAUUCCAAUAUCGGACGAUAUUUUAAAAACAAAAGCACAGAAAUUUGGAGAUGAACUUGGAAUUCAAACUUUCCAUUAUUCUAACGGCUGGCUUAACCGGUUCAAAACACGACAUAAAAUUUCAUCUCAGGUUAUUUCAGGAGAAAGUGCCGGUAUCCCAACUGCCCUCAUUGAUGAAGGCAGGAAAAAAGCUGCAGAUGUUAUAAAAAAUUACGACCCAAGGAUGUGUUUAAUAUUGACGAAACGGGUCUAUUUUACGGAUUACUUCCAGACAGAUAACUAA